UUACACAGGUAGAGAUGACAAAAACAAAUCCAGCGGAUUGGUGACAAAAUUGUCGUCAAAUAAAAUGUAAAUAUUUCAACCUUUCUGACUGCAUUAAAAAAAAAGAUUAGUAGGCUAUACAUGUUUGCAAAGUUAUAUAUCUGCUUAACUAACACUAAAAUAUUGAACACAGCAUCAACCUGUAAAUGACUAAGAGGGACGUCACCAGUUCCCAUAAUAGGCCCCAAACAAAAAGAAGUUAUCAGUUUUUAACAGGAAGGCUCUGCAUCAAACUUACUCUCACAGCAACAUGGCAAAGUCAACACCCAACAUGGUAAACGGAAGUAGUUAACGAAACAACCAACCACAGGAAACAACGGUAGCUCAAAUACAUUCGUAUUGUUGCCCUUGCACCGCCUAAUUUACAGCCAUCAUGAGUUCUUGCUUCGGCAAACCAGAAGAACAAGAUCCAACCACCACAGAGCUUCAGGAAGCUUGAGCACAGACAGCUGUGCAGCUAGUCAUGCUGAUGGGGAAAGAGGAACAUGACGAUGGCAGAGCUAACCCUGUCAAGUUUCACAACGAUGAAUUCUAUAACGCCAUUAUGGAUGAAGACUUGGGACGUAUAGAGGGCAUGUCAAGAGAGUAUGGGAGCAACACUCUCAUCCAGAUGCAACAGGGUGCACCUGGAGAAGUUUUCUGGAAGGGCUUUGCUAUCUUCCCUCUUCACCUGGCUGCCUCUUACAGAAGAGUAAAGAGCAUGCAGAGGCUGCUCUCUGCAGGGGCGGACCCUGAAAUGAGGGACCAGCAGGGUCGAACCACUCUACACUUGGUGAUAGCCAGCUGGCCAAGCAUUCCUACUGGUUUGUCGAAACGACAAUCUAAAUUCCUGACUGCUGUAAUCAGCGCUCGGAGGCAGGCAGAGGCCUGUCUGCAGCUCCUCUGUGAGCAUGGCGUUGACGUCAAUGCAGAGGUGGAGGGAGAGAGUCACCAAACGGCUCUCCACCUGUCAGUACGCUACGCUGCACAGUCUGCUGCCCAGAUUCUGUCCGUCCACGGUGCUAAUGUGAAUGCUGUGGACAGCUCUGGGAUGACAGCCCUGCAUAUGGCUGCCGGGAUGCUGCAUCAGGACCUCAUAGCAAGCUUGAUCAAGGAGGGAGCAGAUUUAAACGCGGGGGUGAAGCACUCAGGGAACACUCCUCUGCACCUCGCUGCCAUGUCAGUGUCUCUGAAGAGCAGUAAAGCCCUGGAGGAAAACAUCCGAUGCGUCUCUGAGCUGCUUAAGCAGGGGUCAGAGGUCAAUGCAGUCAACAAAGCUGGUGUCACGCCCUUACAGGAGGCCUGCAGCAUGGGCAACAAGGAGCUGGUGGACCUCCUGCUCGAACACGGAGCCGACAUCAACCAGCUGAGUAACGCCGGGGAGAACUGUCUGUUCCUGUUCCUGAACCACAGGCGGAACGUUCGGAAGCGAUCUCUGCUGGCGAAACUCCUCAGUCUGACGUCCCCGCUCACCAUCUACAACCACAGCGGCCUCCUGCCCGACACCCUGACCCUACCAUGUUUCCUCAAACAGAGAGGCCAGCUACUUAGUCUCACUCAGCAGCCGAGGAGGCUUCAAGAUAUCUGCAAGUGUUCUAUUUAUCUACGACAUGUUCAAAGUGAAAGAGAUGAGGCGAGGACAAUUCUGCCUGUGAAACUUUACGACUUUGUGUUCAACGUCUGGGAGAAUUUACACAUUUCCUUUGGAGACUGAUGGUGAAAGGGAACUCAUUUAAUCACCGUUGAGGUUUGUUUCAUGGACACGUUGAAUUUGCUGAGCCUUGAAAACAUUGCAAACACAAGUUGAUGAAAUAAAAUGGAGCACAGCACUUUA